UAUUAAUAAUUUAUCAGGUAGAUUUAGUUGGAAACAUUUAAUCACACAGAAGACGAGGAGACAAGAUGCCAGCACCGUAUCCAUAUGAUGAACAGAGAUAUGUUUCGGAAGAUGACAGUGGUCUGAGAGGGUCACGUCAGUACCAGGCUCAGCCUAAUAUGGCACGCUAUGAACGGUAUGAAAUUGACCCUCCUUCAUUGAAAGCAAGACAGGACGAUAUGAAAGGAAAGAAAGUGACCUUCUGUAUGUCUGGUGACAAAGAUUGUAAAGGGGUAGAUCUAUGUAUCAACAACAAGAUACGUACGUUCGGAAGUCUGUUAGCAGAGCUGGAUAAGCAUCCAAAGAUCAAACCUAAAGGAGGUGUCCGAUAUGUGUUCCGAAAGGACGAAAAUAACAGAUACAAGAGGAUAGAGGAUUUGGGCGAGAUACAGAGUGGUGAUCUCUUGGUGGUAUCCGACAGAGCUAGAAUUGACAAGACAAUUGACUAUGGCUUUCCUCUAGGACCUAGUCCUACAAAAAGUUUACAAAGGUCACCACUCCCACGGAGAUCAACAAAGGUUAAUGCACCAUUCAGACGCAGUCUAUCCAGGAAAAACGACACAAUUAUAGUCAUGAACAAGGAAAGAAUGUUAACCUAUAAGGUCAACCCAAACACGACACAACUUUUUGAGCAAGUUCUUGAUGAUAUUGGUGAUAUGUUGAAGCUAAGUUCAUACAAACCAUUAAGUAUGCAUUCCAUUACACCAGGGGUUUACAAUCAGAUAGAUAGCUUCACUAAGUUAAACUCACAGUUGCACACAACAGAACUUCGCAGUAGUGGAAAAGAAACGCCGAAAUUUGUCGUCUGUAAAUCUGGUGAACAUCCCGAGGACGCACUUUCUGAGAAACUGAGGAAAGCAUAUGAAAAGAAAGGUUUGAUUAAACCAAAUGAUAAUGGACCGAUGCAAAAUGGAAAUGGAAGAUACGAUGAUGACGAUGAAGAACCGGGUUACGAUCAGGUAGAAGACGGAGCACCAGAACCAGAAAAACAUCCAAGAGGUUACCAGAGAAGUAAAGAUUACGGCAGGGAACCGUCCCCACAAAGACGGCACCAGAGAAGCCGAGACUUUGAACGGGAACAAUCUCCUCAAAGACGGAACCAAAGAAAUCGUGAAUAUGACCGCGAUCCGUCCCCACCAAAACAGGUUGAAGAGCCACAAACCGCUCGUAGACCUACUCAAAGACAGAAUGGUUUGUCGAAGUCCCAGUCGAAAGAAAAUGUUGGAUCAAAACAGACUACUGGUCGCACUCCUAGACAAGCUGCCCCGCCGAGCAAACCGCAAACAAGAAAACAACCGCCGCAAAGGAGACAAGUAGAAGAAGAAACCAGUUCCGAAUCUCAACAGAACCAGGAAGAAAGUGGCGACGACUCCGAUUCCGAUUAUCCAACUCCAAGACUUCUUACACCCAAAAGACCAAAGGAACGUGUUGAGACGCCUGAAUGUUGAUUUGAUAAAUAGAUAGUAAUGUUGUUGUGUCUUGUAUUGACAUACCUUCUUUUUUAUAUGUGCACCAACAUGUGUAAAUGAUUUUAGACCUUUUUGAUGGGUCUAAGGGAAAUGUGAUAAUUGCUCUAUUAUUGUAAGGAUGGAGAACUUGUGUAUCUUGUAAUUUGGGAAUAUUUACCUCGGUCAUACUAAAUUAUUAUACUGAUGGAUUGUAAUAACGAAACACCAAAAUGUGCGGACCCUAGAGUAUUGUUUUUUGCAUUAAUUUUGUAUAUCCGCGGUCAUAUGCAUGGAGUACGCUGUAUACUGUUAUCACCUGUUCGUGCCGUUCGUCUGUCCGUGAUUUUCGUUAUAUUUUCGUUAUAUAUUUAUCAGCUUCCAUAUAAUGGAAUGAUUUGAUAUUUUGUCUGAAACUUACUAAUGAUGACUUGUAUCGUGUAAGUUAUUUGCAUGUUUUGACGAUACUUUGAAUUAUACCAAUUUUAGUAAUACGUUACACAUUACAUAGCUUAAAUAUGAUGAAAUAAUAUGAUAUUUGGUCUGGAAGUUUAUAAUAAUCGGAGAUAUAAUACCGUGUUAAAUUUCAAAUCUGCCAUACAGUUACCUCCUACGAAACGAUACUGGAAAUUUUUCGUCAAUGUAUAAGAACGAGCGGGCACAUAGUUUGCAUAACAUCACGUCCAACUUAUUGUAAAUAAUAAUAAUUCGAAUAGUGCUUGUUCAUCUCUCGAACUUUCAGUGUGCAUAACUAGUUUUUUCGAUUUUCAAUUCGAGGGAUGAAAAUAUAGCUUUUUUCAAUUGAAUCAAAAUAAUAAAAAAAUAUUUAUUUUAGAGAUAUGGGUGAAACAAAUCAUUUUUAAAUCAUUGUCAAACUUGUCAUCAAUUUUGCACUGUCACUUAUGAAUAGGUAUCCUCUGUUAUGACAUCACGUGCAAUUCAUUCUAAACUAAUAAUGAAUUCGAAUAGUGCUUGUUCAUCUCUCGAACUUUCAGUGUGCAUAAUUGGUUUUUUCGGGAACAAAUUUUAAUUUUCAAUUCGAGGGAUGAAAAUCUAGCUUGUUUUCAAUUGUAUCAAAUUAAAUUAAAACAAUUUUGGAGAGAUUUGGGUGAAAAAAAAAUCGUUUUUAAAUUAUUUUCGAAAUUAUCAUCAGUUUUGCACCGUCACUUAUGAAUGGGUAUCCUCUGUUAUUAAAGUUUUCAGUAUAACUUUCCGGAAAAAUGACGUUCAAAUUUAGGAAUAAAGAUUAUCAGUAUAAAAAAAAAACGGGUAAUAUAUGUUUUUCACCUCCACUAAAUAAGGCUCGCUGAUUGAAAAACAUAAAUACACAGCGCAAAUAAUUUAAGGAGCAUAUCCAUUUAAAAUUAUUUUAUAUUUUCCACUCCCCAUAAACUAGAGAUAUACCAUUGGUAUCUAAGCAUAGCUGCUGUCACACUUGAGAUGUUCCCAUUUGAUUUUGUAUAACGCAGGUCUUACAAUUUAAACAAUUGAAACUGAGGACAUGGAUAAUUAUUGCUAGUUGACUGAAUCAAAUUAAUCUUAUAAUUGUUAAAAUGGAUCUAUAUAUAUAUAUAUAUUUAUGUUGAAAUAAAAGUUUUUAUAAUUCAAGAGACUUUAAAAGAUCCAUUUAUAGGUUACAAACAAUCUGGAAAGGGUAUCUUAUACUUAUUUUAGCAGUCAAAGAUGUAAUUGUUCAGAACUAAGACAAUAAAGACUCUACGAUA